AUGACAAUUUGCGAUCGUUCAUACCCUCGUCAAUUUGCCUUUAGUUACUUGGAAGAACUUGCUAAAGAAUUUUCAAUGAGUUAUGGGAACGAAGUCGAAAAAAAAAAUUUAAGACCAUAUGCUUUUGUUAAAUUUGGUACAUAUUAUCUAUCCGAGCCUUUUGAAGAAUUGAGAAUUUACGUGAUUUACGUGUUUGGUUUGGAAAUCCUGACAAUGUUGACCACUAAUGCUUAUGCGCGACUAAAUACCGAACUGAAUGAGGUAGCCAAUAUCAUGACUAAAAAUUUGGAAAACGUUUUGUGGCGCGGCGAAGGAUUAGAAAGCAAGUAUUAUCUGUCAGUUCAAAUAAUUAUUUUGAAAUUUUAA